AUGUGGUCAUUCCGGUGGUUAUUUAUACCAUCGAAGAGCGCCUUUCAAAGAAGUAUUGCUACGGGCAGAUUAUACGCACACUUACCUCUUCCAACAUGUUCUAUACCACAAUACAGACGCUCUUAUGUGACAUUUAAGAAAAAAAAUUUGAAAAAGGUCACAUCGCUUUUAAGCAAAGAAGUUGCUGCUAUUAAGGAGAAAAUCGACACACAUGAUAAACUGAGUUUAUCAGAAAAGGCAGAAACACAUCAUUCACCUUUUUCCGAGGCAGAUUACACACAGAUUUAUGAGGCACUGUCAACCCCCCUCCUGCCACCGUCUCAGCGAAAGUUUGAUCCGCUAUUAGACAACUUGUCUCUAUCGUUUAAUGACACACAACGAAUCGAGACGGCUGAGCGAUCAAACAAAGGACUGCCAUCAGUCACAGAAAUUAAGGCUGUUGCAAACGCAGAAAACUCCCUGACAGUUGCUUUGGAAGUGACGGGUGUGAACAACGUGGAAGAUUUUAAUAGGAUUUUGUGUUAUAACAUUAUCAGUAAGCGAUACGAGGAAGUCCCGGAAAUCAUACAAUUGAUGAAUGAUGCCAAAAUAGCACCUGAUAUCCAGACAUACGAUCAUCUUCUCAGCUUGUAUGCCAUUGUUGGAGAUGUAGAAAAGGCAAAACUAACUUUUGAACAAAUUAAUAGGGAUGGAAUGAGCCAUUCAAUGUAUAGCUACGGAAACUUGAUCAAAGCAUAUGUGAAAAACCUCCGAAUAGAUGAAGCCUUUGCAGUAUACGAGAGUAUAAAAAAAGCAGGAUUGGUUCCGACUCAGGCAGGCAUUCUUUCUUCCGUUGUGCCUAUAUUUACGACACUUAUGAAAGGCUGCAUCGACAUCGGAGACGUUCCGCGCGCAUGGCGCACGUUUGAUAUAAUGCGAUUGGAAGUUUGCCAACCUGAUGAAGUUUCAUACAGUUUGAUGAUACAUGCAUGUGCAAAGACACAAGAUGCUGAGAAAGCUUUCGAUGUAUUUGAAGAAAUGAUCGGAAAGGGCUUAUAUCCAACAGAGAUGCGUGAGUACGGUUAUCAACCAGACAGAAUUUCUUAUAAUUCACUAAUAUAUGCAUGUGCAAAGACGGGUGAUGUCCGCCUGGCCAGGAUGCUAUUGAAACAGCUGUUAGAAGAUGCGAAUGCACCAAAUACGCUUAAAGAAUUGUCCGAUGGCACUGUGUCUUUGCCAGAAAAGACGGCUUUAUCUGAAACCUCUACCGCAAGCGAGUCCACAGCCUUAGCACCGGAUAAGGGCGACGACAAUUCUUUAGUACAUCUGGAUUCGUAUCCCUUUCUUUCUUAUGAGCCAGUCACUGAUAAGCAAAUACUCGCUGAAGCAAGGAUGAUGUUCGAGUAUGUGAAAUCCAUGUCUGACAACAAUUCAAAUGGCUUGGAAAAAUCAGAUAAUGAGCAGAUCCAAUUAUCGGCUUAUUUAAUGGAUGCAUAUAUGAACGUUUUCCACAAAAAGGGUAAAUUUAAUGAUGUUCUUUCAUUAUAUAAAGAAAAAUUGCCCGAAUUAGGCAUUCCACAAUCCGGUUGGAUAUAUUCCACCAUGCUCAAAACAUGCUAUAAACAUCGAAGAUAUGAAGAAGCAUUGAGAGUCUGGGAGGAUUGGAAAAGUUGGUGGGGUAAAAAUGACAAUAGCGAUCAGAUGACGAAAAUCGGACGAACUACUGCUGUGCAGUAUGAAGUCUAUCAGUGGAUGAUCAACACCCUUGCUAGAUGCAAUGAUCUCUCCAAUGCAAUUUAUCUACUUCAAGAACUUGCAUCCAUGCAGACACCCAAGCUGGCAGAUUUUCGUGUUACAUAUCAAGUGGCUGUUCAGACUGAAAAUGAGGAAGCUAGAAGGACUAUAUUAGAUCUGUGCCCAACUAGAAAGAAGAAAGUUGAUGUAGCUCGAGACAUUUUAGCAGUAAAAUGGAAGGGCACUACUAAGGGUAGAUGGGACGUUCACGAAAAGAAGAGAGAUUAUUUUAUGAAGAGGAAUUGA